UUCCAAACAUAACCUCAUCCCUGUAAAGCCCUGCAAUUACUUGAGGGUCUUCACUGACGGACAAAGCUCUCAAAGUUGAAACCGAUCACCCAGCAAGAGCCCCUUCGGCCCUUCCCCUUUGGUUUACUUGGGACAGUUAAAUUGAGGGCCAAUCUAAAGGUUCGCUUUCUGCCAGUGUGUUGACCACUCCAGUAAUCGAAGCGGGUUUUAGGGUUUUCUUACUUCAGUGUUCAUCGUCUAUCUACUGACUUCAACAACGACUUCCUUUUCUUUCUUCUCCCGCACAACCUCAACUUUGACUGUGUUCCUGUUCACGUGGGUACAAACUGGUUGAGGCUGAAAAUGGACGGCGAGGAGCUGACGGAGCAAGAGACUGCUUUGUAUGAUCGCCAGAUUCGUGUAUGGGGUGUUGAUGCGCAGAGGAGGUUAAGCAAAUCCCAUAUAUUGGUUAGUGGAAUGAAAGGGGUAGUUGUUGAGUUUUGCAAGAAUAUUAUUCUUGCUGGAAUUGGUAGUUUGACCCUGAUGGAUAACAGGCUGGUCACAGAAGAAGCACUUUCGUCAAACUUCUUAAUUCCUCCUGAUGAGAAAAUGUACAGUGGGCGUUCUCUUGCUGAACUUUGUUGUGAUUCCUUAAGAGAUUUCAAUCCAAUGGUCCAUGUGUCAGUAGAAAAAGGUGAUUUGUUGAGCUUUGAUGAAGAUUUCUAUGACAAGUUUGAUGCUGUUGUUGUCAGUUGUUGUUCGUUUACAAUCAAAAGGACACUUAAUGAAAAAUGUCGGAGGAGAUCUAAGCAGAUUGGUUUUUAUACUGUGGAUUGUAGAGAUGCAUGUGGUGAAAUAUUUGUUGAUUUGCAGAAAUAUAACUAUAUGCAGAAAAAGGCUGAGCCUGAUAAUACAAUUGAAUGCCAAUUACAAUAUCCAAGUUUUGAGGAAGCAGUUGCAGCACCUUGGAGAUCACUUCCGAAGAAAGUGACAAAGCUUUACUAUGCCAUGAGAGUAAUAGAAAGGCUUGAAGAGUCCGAGGGCCGUAAUCAUGGUGAAGUCUCAGUUUCAGAUCUCCCUAGUGUUUUGAAGAUGAGGAACGAACUCUGCAAGGAACAGUCAUUGAAUGAAUCUCAUAUACCAGAUGGUCUACUAGAAAGACUGUUGCUGGCAGGUACAAGUGAAUACCCUCCCGUCUGUGCAAUCGUUGGGGGAAUUCUUGGUCAGGAGGUCAUUAAAGCAAUAUCAGGCAAAGGUGAUCCCCUCAAGAAUUUCUUCUUCUUUGAUGCCAUGGAUGGGAAAGGCAUAAUAGAGGACAUAUCAACUCCAGCCAAUUGAAGCUGAGAAGAAGUGUUAAUUUAUUUUAAUGUGGGGAUUGGGUUGUGAUUCUGCACUUAUUUGUAGUUGAAAUAUGCACGUAGUAUUACAAAAUUAGUGUAAUGGAGUUAGUCAUACAAUCAUACUUGAAUAAUUUUGCAUAGUCAUCAGCACCAUCCACAAA